UUUUUUGAUUUUUGUCCAAAAUAAAGUUGGGGCAAAAUGAAUUUACUACCAAAAAGCCACAAAGAGUUUAGCGAUAAAGACUAUUGGAACAAAUUCUUCAAAAAACGUGGAAAUAAAGCGUUUGAGUGGUAUGGCGAAUAUCUAGAGUUAUGCGGACAGCUUCAUAAGUAUAUAAAACAAAAGGAUACUAUUCUAAUAACAGGUUGUGGUAACUCGAGCCUUAGCGCCGAUUUGUACGAUGUCGGAUAUGAAAACAUCACCAACAUUGAUGUCUCAGAAGUUGUAAUCAAGCAAAUGAACUCUAUAAACUCUCACAGAACUAAUAUGAAGUUCCUCUGCAUGGAUGCCUUGAACACGACAUUUUCUGAUGAGGAAUUCAAUGUUGUAUUAGAUAAAGGAACCCUAGACGCUCUCAUGCCUGACGACUCAGAAGAAACACAAAAAACCAUAGACAAAUACUUUUCAGAAAUCAAAAGAGUAUUGAAGCUUGGAGGUCGAUUUGUGUGUAUUUCAUUACUUCAGAGUCAUAUUCUUAGUAAAUUAUUGGACACUUUUUGUGACAAAUCGUGGAUGUUUAGAGUUGUGAGAUGCCAUGAGGCAGAAGAGAGGAAUGCAGAGAAUAAUGAUGGACCUACUUUGCCAGUAUUUGUUGUUAUCGCUACAAAGUUUAAAGCUAUGCCACAAUUGAUAUUAGAAGUAUGUAUGGCUGGUGACAAAAUGCAAAGACUACAGACACCUGAAGAGUUAAAGACAUAUGUGAAGACUGCUCAAGACACAGCUUUUGUCACCAAUGGACUUGCCAAAACUAGUUUAGACGAAGACAAUGAGGUUUCUCUAGAUCUGAUGCAGCCUGGAGAAGACACGCCAAGGUACACACUGUAUGUAGUAGACCAGAAGAAGACACAGGCCAUCAACAAAUAUGCAGUCUUCAUCGUGCCACAGGGAAGAGAAUCGGAGUGGUUAUUCGGCACACCGGCAGGUCGGCGACAGCUGCAGGACUCGGCCAGGUUCGGUAGGUUGGUUGUAGCAGUUCUCCGCAGAGGACACAAGUUCGAAUCCUUGGAGGCAGUCAAGGAGGAACUUGCGCACGCCGCGAAGAUGCUCAUACCGUAUGGAUUGACUGGACAGAUUCCGUUCCUAUCUCUCGGAAGUGAUGUAGGUAGAAGAGUGAAGAUAUUUGAAGGACACUCGAAGUUCUCCGGAGACUUUGUUGUUGAAGACGUGGACGUAGAGGGCGCCACUCAUCGCAGGCUCGUGUUCUUGGAUAACCAGUUUCUUGUACAGUCUGAGGCUAAGUUGAAAAGCGUUAAAAGAAAGAACAAAACUAAACUGGUAGUCGAUUUUGGUCACAUAUCCUUGUACCAUUCGUUCAUGUGCGUUGGAGUCCAACUAGCCAAGACAGCGUUCACCAACGUGGCCGUGUUGGGUCUUGGAGGGGGCAGCCUCUGCAUGUUCCUGAGGAAAUGCUACGAUGACCUUAAGGUCACAGCUGUUGACCUUGACCCAGCCAUGCUAGAAGUCGCUAAGGAUCACUUUGAACUCCAAACUGAUGAUAAAUUGGAAGUACAGAUCAAAGAUGGAUUGGAUUUUAUAAAGGAUGAGGUUAAGAAAGGCAAUCACUACGAAGCAGUAAUGUUAGAUAUGGACAGCAAGGACCGAACCGUGGGUCUCUCGUGCCCGCCCAAGCAGUUCCUGGACAACCAAGUGCUGGACGAUGUGAAGAGUAUGCUUACGAAGGAUGGUCAUUUCAUCCUUAACUUAGUAUGCCGAGAUGUGGACCUUCAACAAUCAAUAAUGGACAUUCUGAAGCGGCAUUUCAAGCAUUUGACCACAGUGAAACUCUAUGAGGAAGUAAACGAAAUCGUCUUUGCCAGCAACAGUAAUAAAAUGUACAAUACUGAUGAUUUUGGUAAGGCAGUGAAAGAUCUGAACGCUAGCGCGCGCCAGAAGAAACUUGUUGACAUUCGAUGCGUAGAUUUGAAAGACUUCUUGCAAUCCGUUAUUGUUAUUUCAUAGAUAUCUUCUAAUUAGUUUAGUAAGAUUACUACCGUGAAAUGUAUCAUAUAUAGAAUUUAUUUAAAUGUACAGCUUCCUCUCGUAACUAUUCGAGAAAUGCUCGACUAGUUUCAAGUCAUACCGGGACGCUCAUG